AAGCAAUUCUCGAGAAUUGAACGAGGCUGAGAUUUGACUUGCCCCGAGACCCACGAUGGCGUGCAUGUCGUUUCACGUAUAAGUUAGGUAUAUAGAUGAUGUCCAGCAUCUUUGCGAGUCUCUAGAAGUAGCCAUUUUCCGAGUUCAAUAUUCUCGCUUCCCAUCUGGCCACCAUGUUGCAGGAUCGCUCUAAAGUCGGAAUUGCUUUAAUCAUAUUCUACAUCCCAGCUGUAAUAUUAGCAGCCUACCUUCUCUUUCGUCGCCAUGGCAGGCCGCGACUGGGGUGGUAUCUCUUGACUGCCUUCUCGUCAGUUCGAUUUGCUAGCGGAAUAGUCAUGAUCGUUUUUGAGAAUAAUCCAACCGUUGGCCUCACCAUUGCGACCAUCAUCCUACUUUCAGUGGGCGUUGUGCCGCUUAUCCUUGCUACCCUUGGCCUGUUGAGAGUCGCAUUCAGUUUGGACUUUGAGCAAAAACACCUAGUCCACCGUCUCGCCAUCUUCGUACGAAUCAUUUUUGGUGUCGCCAUUGCCCUUCUCAUCGCUGGGAGCGUCCUGGUCGGAAACUACAAGUCUCCAAGCUCCGUUCGCCACGGAGAUGGACUAGUCAAGGCCGGAAAUAUCCUCCUGGUCGCCAUCCUGGCUGCUCUGAUCAUGCUUCAGGCUUAUAUCUGGAGACAGAGAAGAGGCAUUUCGAGAGCUAGCAUGACAAUCGUUAAAGGAAGCGCAUCCGCGAUGCCGUUCCUGAUUGUGCGAGUCGCGUAUGCUUUGCUGUCUGUAUUUUCAACAAGCCAAAAAUGGAAUAACCUGACGGGAUCCAUUGCUGCUUUUGUGUGCAUGGGAUUACUGAUGGAAUAUGUGGUAGUUGGUAUUUAUAUCGGUGUUGGGAUUUCGAUUCCGCCUGUCGGAAAGGAUAAAUUGAGGGAUGGCGAUGCUCAUGUUGUGCUGACUGCAUAGGUCUGUAUUUGGUCAUGUGGAGAAAUACAUGGCUUUCUUCACCGUUGUUUUAGAGUACCUAAGUACCUACCUGGGUAGGUAUAUAUAGGUAGUCCUCGAUUAAAUUUCAAUUGCAGUGCCCUUAUUGGGGACUAACGUG